GAGCUCAUCUGGCACUGGGUUACACUGAAGUCCUCCACCGUGCCUGAAGGAAGAUUGCUUCUGGGUGGUGGGAACAUGGAGAAGAUGUGGUCUGUCCACCUGUCCCUUGGAGUGCUAACCAUCUUGACCAUGACUGUGUAUGUCCCAUCUACAGGUGGAGAGCCUUUUUUACUACAAGAGAAUCAAGUGCAUCCAGAGAGAGAAGAUACAAAUCAUGAGGACACACUGCUGACUCUGCUUCUUAAUAAGAAACUUGCAUGGCGAAGACCAGAAAAUAUUGACUGGGAGCUGGCAAAGAAAUUUGAAGAGCUUGAACAGCUGGAGAAGUUGAAGGAUCAGCUCUCAAGUGAGGAAGGGUCAGAGGUGGCCUAUGCCUUGGAAAGUUUGUCGGCAUCUCAGCCUAAAAAACGCGCCUGCUUCUGGAAAUACUGCAUCUGAAGACUUGCCAGGAAUGGAGGAUGAAGACAAGCCCUUCCCCGAACUGCCUUGCUUAGAGUUUGUUCUGUUCUCUCAUUGUGCUGCUAACUUGGAUGCCAUUCUCUGUAAUGGCAGCACAGCUGAGUCUAAUAGGGACUGUGACAGGAGCCGGUAGCCCACUACCCCUCUCCACUGUUCCUUCCUUCCGGGUUUAACCUUUCCUGAUCUUCUACAUGGAGGAGGUUUCCCAACUUUCUUUGCUGCCCCUGUGUGUGCCAUUCAGUCUGCUGCCAUUGUAAACUCUUCCCCUUCCCACCAGGUUCCCCAAGGCAUCAAACAUUAACUCAAUUGCUCUGAGCUUGGGCUCUGUCCACUUUCACAGACGUUGCUCACGGUGGUAUCUCAGUUUCCCCUUUGCCUCCUAAAAGCAGGUCUAUGAUGACCUAACACCCUCUGUCAGAAUAGGAAGGCAGACUGGGGAGAACGUGAAAGUUUCAGGGCUGCCUGCUCCAUCUUGCUGAGCCAGAGUUGUUUCUUGUUGUGUCUCAUCAGCGUACACAGUUGGUUUGCGGGAGGACAGGCACAGA